UUUUUUUUUUUUUUUUCGCUUUGAUUUCCUUGUUCUCCUUGUUUCUGUUUGAUCUGCACAUCCAACGCCGGCCAUCUUUCAACAACAAGCAAUGGUAGACAAGACGCAGCUGUCGCUCGUGCGUGCGAACGCGGAUCUGACCAAGAUUGAGCCGACGCCACACAAGAAGACGCUUGCGUUUGUCAAUCACUUUGUGUCGCACACUGUGCACUUUCUCAACCACUUUGCGGGCGUCUGCGAAGAGAAGCUCAACGACGUAGCCUACCGUAUCCAGCGCUUGGAAAUCACGCUGAACAUCCUGGAAACCAAGCUCAACUCAAUCCCAGGCCUCGAGGGUGUUACGGCAGACCAAUAUGUAUCUCCACACGCACAGGACGGCGCAGGCGCCCAAGUGUCUGUCGCUGCGCCUGCUUCAACGUCCGCCCCACCCCCACCGUCGAGCAGCGCCGCUCCGCCAGGGCCGAGCGCAGGUGCUGCCUCUUCUGCUGCUCCUCCUCCACCACCAGCACCAGAGCCAGAAGCUCCGACUAACACUGUUUCGAACGACCCGAGGUACGCACCCUACUUCAAGCUGGUGCGCCUCGGUGUUCCAGCUGCCUCAUUUGCCGCCAAGAUGCGAUCCGAAGGCUUGGAUCCUUCCCUCAUGGAUACUCCCGAUGCUCCAGCGCCUGCUGGUGCCCCGGCCAAAAAGCAAGAGGAUUCGGACGGCUUUGACACUGAUUCGAAUGAUGAUGGUUCGGACUUUGAUGAUUGAUGAAUGGUUGUAGAUUGCUUUUUCCCCUUCUCUUCCGCUGUUUUCUUGAAUGUUUCGUCUUCCCUUUUUUUUUUCAAAUUUUCUGCUCCUCGCGUCCACCUCAGACGUGUACAUCGGUACCAACUGAUGUUAUGUGAAUGUUUCAAUACAAUACGAUAAUAUUUUCACGACC